AUGGCGUGGGCUCCCGGAAGCAAUGGCAGCCCGCAGGUGGGGAGCGUGGUGAUGGUGUACAAUGUGACUUGCCGAGCCGCGGCGUGCAACCACCAAACACUGAAACUCUGCAAUUCUGUGCAGUUCCUUGAGGUGCGAGGGGAACUCGAAGGCCGGCCGAAGCGUAACAACCCGGUUGGGUGCGGGGCACUUCGCCACAGGACUGCCAACAAUGCUGGCCGUAUCUAUUUCCGCAUACUCGGGGCUGGGCAUCUGUCGCUAAUACUGAAGAUUUUACCGGACUGGAAGGACCUUGACGCCAAGAUGCGAGAGAAGACUGCGCUGACGAAGCAGGUGGCGGACCUGAAAAGGAGCAAGUUGCAGUACGAGACGAAGCUGCAGAAGAAAAAGAAGGACGAUGACAGCGCCGUCGUGCAGACCAUCGAUCUGGAGAAAAAGCUGCAAACCAUCAACAACAGCAACAGGGUGGCCACGGCCGAGUUGUCAGGCCUGGGCUCGGAGAACGAGCGGUUGCGCCAAGACAUCGAUGCCUUGAGAUCGCAUCUGCAAGAGGCCACUACAGCCUACGAGCGAGAAUGCGAAGCCUUGGAGGGCCUGAAACAGGCUCUCCAGGCCACCCGCAAGGAGCUUGCAGCUGAAACGAAGCAGCGGGACAUCGUCCAGCAGGACUUGCGCGCCUCCAGAACAGCACAGAACUUGAUGAUCAACCGCCUUGACGACAUCGAGAGGAGGAACAAGGCCCUCAAGAACUGUGUUGCCAAUGCCCUCCAUCGAUAA